AUGCUGCAGAUGGUGCAGCUGCCCAGGAUACCCGAGGUCAAUGGGAAGGGCGGGCAACAAGGCGAGGGCGACCUGUUGGGGUACCGGCCAAACCCGGAUAUGAUGGAUAUCAAAAUUGCUCCUGAAGGACAGGGCAAAGAUGGUAUCUACGUUCCUCCGAAAAUUGGGCCAGCUGCCAUGGAUGAUAGUCAUAGUAAAGACGCUGUAAGGAAAGAGAAAAGAUUAUUACGCAUGACAACAGAGAAUCCUUACUUCAAGGAGAUGAUUGAUGAUGCUGCUGAUAGACCUGAAAAGUGGAAGGAAACAGCGGGUGAUGAAAGCAAAGAAUUUAUGACCUACAUGCGGCAGAGAGAGAAGCAAGAGAAGGCAGAAGAGGAGCUGUUCACCCGAGCUCCAGUAACCAAGCGUGAAAAGUACAUGGAGAAGCAGAUGAAGAAGCAGCUUCACGGGUUACAAGGCCUGACUGACGGAUUCGACCUCGGGAUGAACAUACUGCUCGAUGGAGAAAAGGAAGACGACGGUGGUUCCAAUGAGCUGCGUAGACAGAGCGCGGGACGGAGAAAACACCAGAAAGGCGGCCAGAGGAAGCGACACUAG